AUGAGCACCACCACUACGACUAGCAUCAAGGCUCGCUGGGCUCAGCGGCUCAUCCGCAUCAAGCUUGCGGCGGAGCUCAACGCCCUUCAGGAGAAGGAGUCAUUCAGAGGUGGUCACCCAGAGGGCGGUCUGGCAGGUUGGCUUCCAAUCUCCAGCACAGAGGGACCUUUCACCUGGGACAACCUGCCUCAUGAUAUAAGUCUUGAACACGACGAGGGCCAUCGUCAUUUCCACGACGGCGAUGGCGCUGGCGACUUUACCCCGCCAGCUCACAAAGUCUGCAUUGUAGGCGCCGGUGUCGCGGGCCUCUACAUCGCGAUGAUCCUCGACAGCUUGAAGAUUAGUUAUGAUAUCCUCGAGGCUAACACGAACCAUGUGGGCGGACGUUGUUAUACGUACCGCUUCAGCGAGGAACCACACGAUUACCACGACAUUGGCGCCAUGCGAUACCCCAAGAUUCCCACCAUGCAACGCACCUUCGACCUGUUCGAACUCACCAUGAUGCCCUUGAUCCCAUACUACCUGGAUGGCCCAGAAAACCCCAAGCUCUUCAAUGACCGUUUCUUCGCUCACGGCAUCAUUGACCCCUAUCAUGCGAGCAGAAGAAACGGUGGCGGCGUCCCCGAUGAUGUUGUCGACAAUGUUGACAAGCUUCUCAACGAUGCUUUCGGACCAUACAAGGACGAACUUGCCAAGGAUUUCAACAAGGGGUUCGACAAUCUGAUGACGGUUGACGACUACAGCACCCGCGAGUUCCUAAGACGAGGCGGCCCAGACGGAACGCUGCCCAAGUAUGACUUCUUUGCCAUCCAGUGGAUGGAAACCCAAGGGACCUCAACCAACCUCUUCGACCAGGCCUUUUCCGAGAGCGUAAUGGACUCGUUCGACUUUGAGAACCCAACGCGCGAUGUCGAGUGGUUCUGCAUCGAGAGCGGCACAUCACUCCUCACCGACGCCAUGCAAGCCAGUCUCAGCACCAAGGUUGAGACAGGUAAGCGUGUCGAGGUCAUCUCCAUCAACUGGACCUCACAUGACGACGGCAACAUGUCUGUCAAAUGUGCCGGUGAAACCGAAGCCCGCACGGGAUACAGCACCGUGUUCAGCACCACAACCCUCGGUUGCCUCGGCCGCAUGGACUUGCGCAGCCUCGAGCUCCAUCCCUCGCAGAAGGACGCCAUUCGCGCCCUGCACUACGACGAAUCAGUCAAGGUGGCUCUCAAGUUCUCGUACCCCUGGUGGAUUGUCGACUGUGGCAUCACCGAAGGCGGGGUUGCCAGCACCGAUCUGCCGCUGCGAACAUGCGUCUACCCAUCCUACAACCUUCACGACGGCAAGGAAAACCCCGCCGGGCUGCUGGCCUCAUACACUUGGGCACAGGACGCCACCCGCGUAGGCUCUCUCGUCAACAACCGCGCAUCCCCCGCCGGUGAGGAGAAACUUGUUGAGCUCAUCCUCCGCGACCUCGCCCUCCUGCACGCUGAAACUAUACCAUACGACAAGAUUCGAGCUGCUUUCACCGGCGUCCACCACGCCUAUUUGUGGCCGCAGGACCCGAAUACGGCCGGUGCCUUUGCAUUGUUUGGGCCGGGCCAGUUUAGCAACCUGUACCCGUACUUGACGCGCCCCGCGGCUGACAGCAAGUUCCACAUUGUUGGGGAGGCAUCGAGCGCCCACCAUGCCUGGAUCGUUGGGGCUCUCGACAGUGCCGUCGCCGCCGUGUUGCGCUUCCUCAAGCGGUUCGAGUUGCGUGACCAGCUCAGGGAGCUCGAAGAGAAGUGGGAAGGUGUCGAGGAGCUGGAGACAGGUGCGAAGGGCACAUUGCAUUUGCAGGUCGCAAUGGGGAUGUUGAGGGAAAAGAACCAGGUCAAGGUUUGA